GUUAAAUUAUGAACAUCCCUAACAUUAAUCGUGGUGCUUGUGAGUUGACAAAAAAAUUUUUUAGUGGCAAUUUUCGCAAAUUGAGCAAGCGACAACUAGCUUCACAUAAUGGGCGAAGGAGCUGGCAAUUGGUGUCUUAUAGAAAGUGAUCCAGGCGUAUUCACAGAGCUGAUUCGCGAAUUUGGAUGCGAUGGCGCACAGGUGGAGGAAAUCUGGAGUCUAGACAGUGAAUCAUUCAAAGACUUGGAACCGAUACAUGGUCUGAUAUUUUUGUUCAAAUGGGUGCAAGAAGACGAACCCGCUGGCAAAGUUGUCUUGGAUCGGGAUCACAUAUUCUUUGCCAAGCAAGUGAUUAACAAUGCCUGUGCGACACAAGCCAUACUUAGUUUGCUCUUGAACCUAAAUCACGAGGACAUUAAACUGGGCAACACGCUAACUAAUUUCAAGGAGUUCUGCCAGUGCUUCGAUCCCUACAACAAGGGCCUCACCCUGAGCAAUGCCUCCCAGAUACGUAUGGUGCACAAUUCAUUUGCACGACAAACGCUUUUUGAGCUGGACAUGAAAAACCAAAACAAGGAUGAAGAUGUCUAUCAUUUUGUUGGUUAUAUGCCCAUUGCCGGACGUUUGUAUGAGCUGGAUGGUCUGCGCGAGGGACCCAUCGAUCUUGGCGAGAUCAAACCAGAGCAAAAUUGGAUCGAUGUGGUUCGACCGAUCAUCGAAAAGCGCAUGCAACGUUACAGUGAUGGUGAAAUACAUUUUAAUCUAAUGGCCCUGAUCUCCGACAGACAGCGCAUCUACGAGCAGCAAAUUGACAAACUGCUUAAUCCGGCUACCAAUGCCAUGGACACUGCAGAUGAUCGUCAGACUGAAAUUAAUAGCUUACGCUCGUACAUACAGUAUGAAAUUGAGAAGAAAAAGCGAUACAAGGUAGAGAAUGUACGACGCAAACACAAUUAUUUGCCUUUUAUUGUGGAACUGCUGAAAAUGUUGGGCGAGACUGGACAGUUGCUGCCCAUCUACGAGAAGGCCAAGCAGCGGGCGUUGGAGCGUGAGCAGAAGAUGAGCAAAAAAGAAACCAAUUAGUAGGCGUUUACCAACACUCGAUAAGAGCAAUUCGAAAUUGCGCGCGCCAGUUGGAAGAUAUACAAAACAUAUUCUUAUUGCUAUAUUUAAGUAAAACAAAUCUUUUUCGGCAAGGAGUCGCGUGUGUGUGUAAAUUAAGUCACCCAUAUAAACUGCCUUGUAUUGUAUUUUACUUCUUUUGUACCCCUAAAAAAUGUCUCUAAAUUGCUGCAAAUUAAUAUUCCGUAUACAGAAAAAACAUUUUUGAAUCAAAGAAAUAAAAAGUUUCCGUACAGUUAAAAGAGAAAC